UAAAUUCUCAAUAUUAGCCCACUCGGUCAGCUGUCACCGUCCGCCGCGGCCCAGACCGAGGCCGCGGGAGGGGGCGGAUGUCAACAAAGGAGUCGAGGCCGCGGCGUGAGGAUGACAGUUGAUAUAGACUAUGACGAAAACAGCCACAAGACGGUGGCGGAGCAGGAGCUGAGGCGCUACAACCACAUCGUUGAGCAGCAUGGCGACCAGCUGGAGGAGAUCAUCGAGGCGCUGGGCCCCCACCCCGCCCCGCCCUGGGACCCCAAGUUUGACCCCAUCACCCUCCAGAUGGCGCCGUUCGAACACGUGUCGAUGGUGAGGCUGGUGCAAGCGGGCAACAAGGUGGUGAACAAGGUGGUGCUGGCCCUCAGUGCGCUCUGCCUGGAGGUGACACAGCUGGUGGAUGAGGCACGCACCCACCUCUACCCGCCCCUCUUGCUCUAUGGCAGUGGAGUGGACGCGGACGGCGAGAAAACAGGUGAGUCGCAGGUGAGCCUCUCGCGGGUGCUGCCCACGCUGCACCGCGCCGCCUGCUACGUGCAUCGCGUCCUGAGGGUGGUGCGGAACAUCAUGCACCAGAUGACCGCACUCUACCACCCAGAGAAGAAGAAGAGAAGCGGGACCGUCGAUGUGUCUGAUGUGCACUUCCAGGUUAUGUACGAGCACCUUGGGUCGCUGAUGGGCACACUCAUCACCCUGGACGAGGUGGUGCUGAGUAACGCGGUGCUACAUGAACACUGGGGGGCGUACCGGCGGCUGGUACGCUCGGCCGGGUCGGACCAGCUCAGGUUUGGGCAGGACAAGGCAACGCUGCAGCCCCUGGAGAAGCUGCUGGCCGAUGUGGAGGCAACGGUCAUGCAGGGAACAAUGUUUGCGUCAGUGGUGCGACAACCCUACGAUGUGGACGGCCUGGUGGUGACGCGGAACGGCCUGCUGCGGGAGGAAAUGAUGACGGUGAUCCUGGGGUGGUGCGGACAGCUGGAACAGAGCAGCAGCGACGGGUGGUGGUGCGACAACCAGCCUCAGGUGGUGGGGGUCACAGCCCUGGCAGCGUUCCACCAAGUGAUCUUUGACACCCAGGAGAAGAGGCUGGCCAGGACCUUGGGGAACCUCUUCAGAAAGUUCCCAUGCGUCACGCUGGUCGGCUCGGUGGUGUGGAUGGCCGAGCGUCACAUCCCGUCCGUGGCGCCAACCCUCGGACAAUUCUUUGACCGCAAGACACAGGACGCUCUGCUCACCUUCCGAACCAACUACCUGUCCCAGAAGACCCAGACCAUUGCCAAGGAAGCCAAAACCGUCAAUUUGCAGGUGUGUGGCUGGGCGGUCAACCUGGACGCUGCCUCCCGGAAACACUCCAGUCACAUGAACAACCAGGACCUCAACCAGCGAGCGUCCCUACUCCUCCAGGGCCUGAUCUUGGCACACAGCGUGAAGUACAGCGUGGAGACGGUGCUCAACCUACACACCGCGCUGGGUCGGCCCAUGGGCAAGGCGUGUGCCCUCAGCGUGUGUCACCUGGUGGAGUCCCUCAAGGCCAUCGAGCACACCUACCACCGCCACGGCUCCCUCCUGGCAGACUCCAUCCCACAUGUGAUCCAGUACCUCACCUACCAAGUGCUCUCCAUUGUGGCCACUACCAAGAAUCGUGUGUCCAGCGCUCGCUUGGACGCCCAGCGGCUGGACAUCCUGAUGGCCCUCAACCUGGUGGAGCAGAUGCUGUCCGGCCCUGGCACCAAGGAGCGGCGGCUGGUGAUGCGUGUGGCACUGUCCCUCGCCAACCAGGCCAAGGCACUGAGGGACGAAGAUAUCUCCUCGCUGCUGGUGGGUCUGCGCAGGCUGGAUCUGGCGUGUGAGCUGCAGGCCAGGGUGAGGAAGGCCACCAGCUGCUGCAUCCUGUACCAUCACACCGUCAUCCUGCCAACCUACCUCACGAACUACCAACACACUCUUGAAAAUGUCCACCGUAUCCACUUCAUGCUGGCCGCCAUACAGGACUGCGCCACCCUGCUGGAGGGAUGCUGCCACCUGGCCCGCCCCGAGGAACUUGUCGCUCGGUUUAGGAAGGAAGUGUACGGUUACAUCAAGGAACUGGUGCUGGACAAAGCGUGUCAGGAGGUUGAGACUGAGCUACGGAUCAGCACACACAGCCACCUUCAGCUGGACAGUCGCAACCCCUUCCAGAGCCCCCUUAGGGACCUGUCUCCCCUGCUGGCCCUGGAGCCCUUCUGCCUCCUGUCAACUACCCUCAUAUCAGCAAAAGACUACGUGGAGCAGUACCUGGAGCGGACCUUCUACGCCCUGACCGUGGUGGCGCCGCACGACUGGAGGACCUACGAGGAGAUGCGCAACCUUGCCGCCUCAAAGUACAACCUGUUCACAGUGCCUUCACACCUGCCCUCCCACACCCUUGACCAGGGCGUGGACGUGCUGGAGAUCAUGCGUAAUAUCCAUGUGUUUGUGCGGCACUACCUCUACAACCUCAACCAGCAGUUCUUCAUCGAGGCGGCCAGCAACAACAAGCACCUCAACACCGUCACCAUCAAGCACAUCGCCAACUCCAUUCGGACGCACGGCGCCGGGAUAAUAAACACAACGGUGAACUUCACUUACCAGUUUCUGCGGCGCAAGUUCCAGGUGUUCUCCCAGUUCCUGUACGACGAGCAGAUCAAGUCUCGCCUCCUGAAGGACCGACAGCUGUGGAGGGAGGCCAAGGCGACCCAGGAGUACUUCCCCUACGAGAGCGCUGAGAAGUUCAACCGAAACAUCAGGAAGCUUGGCGUCUCCCCCGAGGGACUCUCCUUCCUGGACCAGUUCAGAGGACUCAUGUCACACAUCGGCAAUGCCAUGGGGUUCGUGCGUCUGGUUCGGUCUGGCGGGCUACACUGCUCCAGCAACGCCGCGCGCUUCAUCCCCGACCUGGAGGACGUGCCCAGCCUGGAGGAGCUGUGUCGGGAGGCCCACACGUCCCCGCAGACCCUGGCGGCCGCAGAGAACCUGGACGCUGUCAUCAACAACCUCACACAAAACUUCCACAAAGACACCGACUACUUCAAGCUCCUGGUGGACGUGUUCGCGCCGGCCCUCCAGGACAAGAAGAACAGCCACCUCAAGAACUUCUAUCUCAUCAUUCCCCCCAUGACCAUAAACUUCGUGGAGAGUUCCCUCGCCGCCAAGGACAACAUGAACAAGAAGAACAAGUCACGGGCCGCCUUCACAGAUGACGGCUUUGCGAUGGGUGUUGCCUACAUGCUGAAGGUGCUGGACCAGAACACAGCCUUUGACUCACUCCAGUGGUGGUCGGGGGUGAGGCGCAGGUUCAUCAAGGAGAGGGAGAAGGUUGAGAAGCAGCGUCAACCAGGCAGUGGCGGGGACGACAAACUGCAGCAGACCUUGGCGCUCACCAUGUCCCGCCUGCAGCAGUACCAGCAGGAGUUUGAGCUGCUCUACCUUAGCCUGAGCAGUGCCCGGGUGUUCUUCAGGGGAGACUGGGCUGCUGCCUCCUCCUCCUCUUCAGGGGACAGCCAGAAGAGUGACACACAGUCCAUCAACAGUGACUCCAGUGGCAAGGAGAAGCCUCUCAACAAAGCUGCUGACUAAUUAGGGUCGGAUUAUGAGACAUUUCGCCACCAAAGAACACAUAUUUGACAAGGCUUUCAUAGGAGGUGUGGGCAUUUCCAGGAGUAAUUUUAUGACCCUGAUGGUAGUUUGACCCUUCUUCUGUACCAUGAACCUGAAGAAACACUCACUAGAACCCGACUGACCCCUUCUUUGGCCUUUCAAAAUAGGUGAUGUGAGAAGCGAAAGUCUUAUAAUACCGACCUAACUCCUAAGCUGCAUGAUGCUGCACUGCCUCAGGACCUCUUGUUGAACACUUUACUUGUAAGCAGAGUUGAUGUACAGUGUUGCUUUGAUUCAUAAGCCAUUUAGUUGUAGAGUCUCUCAAUACGUAAGACAAAUCUAUAGUGCAGGACAGCCUCACUAGACUGGUGCCAUUUCAGCUGAGAAUUUGGAGCUUUACUGAAGAUUUUGAAAAGAAAUUUAGUUUUUGCCGUGAGUCCAAUGAUCAGGAGGUUGUGGCGGAGAGCCUGAGGGUGCGGGGAAUGUCAUGUGUUGAGUGCUGUGGUGAGGACUGACCCUGAACCAAACCAGGCGGAUGUGAUGCUUGCCAGUCCUCUACAGGUGUGGGUAUGAAUGAUGCCUAAUGUGCUGUGUCACCCCUAACACAACCACAUCCUCAUGCAGUAAGAAGUCACAGCCACAUCAACACACACAGCACACUACGGCCCCAUUCACACUGUGCCGACGCUGGGCCACGACAACCCAGCGACUUUUAGGCCCCCUUCACACUGCAUCAAUUCAGCAUCCAGCGAUCAUUUCUAGAGCUCUUUCCGACCAUGUAUGAACUGGCAACGGUGCAGUCACCCUCAGAAAUGCUUGCUGCUCGUCACCCGUUCUGGCUCAGUCCGCCGCCACAAGAGCGCCGUUUCUCUUCAGCCGUUACACCCUGCUCUGGGGUACUCAAUGAACCGUUGCACUAUUGCAGUAUUACAAGAGUUAGACAAGUUGUGUACAUACAGAUGCGUAAAUAGCAAUAUAUUUUUUGAAGCAUUUUUAAGGUGAUGCAGCAGAGUCCGUUAAUCCAAACAGCUCUUGACCCACAGCCCACUGAGGGUAAGUGUUAAGACAUCCUGAGUAAUACUGGAGGGUAGUUUCCUGUCUUCAUGAUUUCAGACCAUUGAGGUUAUUAAAAGUGUAAUUCAUAUUAACGGACUUCACUGCAUGAGCGUCUCCGACCAAAGCCUAAUGUUAAGAGGCUUGUGAACGGCCUGUUGCUGAGAUAUUGAGUUUGUUAACCCGGUAGCUGCGGGGAUCAUGUUUCUAAAAGCUCCUCUAAGCAAAUUAAUGAGAAAAAAAUCAUCACUCACGCAAACCAUUAUAUAAUAGAUAACAACGCACUUGUAAUCAAUUGGUGCAUCCUGUAUUUUUGGGGAUUCACAUCAAGGCAAAAAUUUGGCCCCUCGCUGGUACACGGUAAAGCCACAGAUUUGGCCCGUCGCUGCUACCGGGUUGACCCUUUCAAUACGGUGAUGCAGAUGUCGGCGUCAGAGUACGGAAAGGGUUAAGAGGAAUUGGAAGAGGAUUGAUCAUCUUCUAAAGCUCUUAAUCCUCUUCCAUUUCCUCUUAGGAGGUUUGGAAGAGGAUUAACCUUUUCCAUACUCUACUGAAAGGGUUAAGGUAUUAAGUUUCCUGAAAAUCCAGCACAUUUUGUUAGUAUUUCCAAGUGUUUUAAAGGACAACACCACUGAUCAGGGACUCAGUAAUUGCUACAAUGGAGAUAUUUUUGUAUUCUUUGUACGAUGAUCAAGUAGUGUUUGGGAGGCGGAAGGUGUGGCUAUUUUUAUAAAUGAUUCAUGUCUGUGAUACUGAUGACAAUUAUCAUCAUCUUCACCUCUCUUUGGCUGACCUCACCUCAGCCUAGUGCGCCCCAUUUUAUGACAUGCAAGUGACAUGGCUCAGCUGACUGGAAGGCUGUUUAGAACCCUGAGGCUUUAACCCCUUGACUGUGGAUUUCCUACAAGAAGACAUCACCAAGCUACAGGAAUGGAGCAAAAAGUGGCUGCUACAAUUCAGUGAAGAAAAAUGUAAAGUCCUGCACCUUGGGAGGGGAUAUCCAGCACACCAAUACCACAUGGGAAACACUCCACUAUCCACCACAGAGGCAGAGAAAGACCUGGGAGUGUAUGUUACCAGGCUACCAGUGAAGGGAUAUCCAGCACACCAAUACCACAUGGGAAACACUCCACUAUCCACCACAGAGGCAGAGAAAGACCCGGGAGUGUAUGUUACCAGGCUUCCAGUGAAGGGAUAUCCAGCACACCAAUACCACAUGGGAAACACUCCACUAUCCACCACAGAGGCAGAGAAAGACCUGGGAGUGUAUGUUACCAGGCUACCAGUGAAGGGAUAUCCAGCACACCAAUACCACAUGGGAAACACUCCACUAUCCAUCACAGAGGCAAAGAAAGACCUGGGAGUAUAUGUUACCAGGCUACCAGUGAAGGGAUAUCCAGCACACCAAUACCACAUGGGAAACACUCCACUAUCCAUCACAGAGGCAGAGAAAGACCUGGGAGUGUAUGUUACCAGGCUACCAGUGAAGGGAUAUCCAGCACACCAAUACCACAUGGGAAACACUCCACUAUCCACCACAGAGACAGAGAAAGACCUGGGAGUGUAUGUUACCAGGCUACCAGUGAAGGGAUAUCCAGCACACCAAUACCACAUGGGAAACACUCCACUAUCCAUCACAGAGGCAGAGAAAGACCUGGGAGUGUAUGUUACCAGGCUACCAGUGAAGGGAUAUCCAGCACACCAAUACCACAUGGGAAACACUCCACUAUCCAUCACAGAGGCAGAGAAAGACCUGGGAGUGUAUGUUACCAGGCUACCAGUGAAGGCCAAAUCCUUGACAAUCGCAGUGGAUGGGUUAACACACAAGCCUGAUGGGUGGGGUCCCUCAAGACAUGCCUCCAGAAGCUGCCAAGUGUGUCACAGAUCAAUGAUGCUAAUGAUUUGGGAAUGUCCUUGUUCUGCCCCAAAUGCUAUGUUCUGUUGGUAAUGCUUUGCUUAUCAAAUCCAGUGACUCGCUUCUACAGCCAAAGUUUGCAUGUUGCCAAUUCUUUAUGCUGUUGCUUUGAUUCAGUAUAUACACUAGCCUUACCUACUGUUAAAUUUGUUGAGAUUUUAUUGUGUAUAUCCAAAAUAUUUAACUGAUCUUCAAACCAGGGACCACCAUUGUUACGAACUGAGCAAAUAUACAUGAAGAACCUUA